GCCGCGCCGGUGGCCAGGAGGGAGAGACAAGGAGGAGGAGGUUUGAAUGGUCCAAUGAGUAUUCUUAUCAUUGAGGCAUUCUAUGGAGGCUCCCAUAAACAGCUGGUGGAUCUGCUCCAGGAAGAGCUACAGGACUGUGUUCUUUAUACCCUUCCUGCAAAGAAAUGGCAUUGGAGAGCAAGGACAGCAGCUUUGUACUUCUCUCAGAACAUUCCUGUCAGUGAGCAUUACAGGAUCCUCUUUGCAAGCUCAGUACUUAACCUGACGGAACUGACUGCCCUUCGGCCUGACCUUGGGAAAUUGAAAAAGAUUCUGUACUUCCAUGAGAACCAAUUGGUAUAUCCCGUCAAGAAAUGUCAAGAGAGGGAUUUUCAAUAUGGUUACAACCAAAUUCUUUCAUGCCUGGUGGCUGAUGUGGUGGUAUUCAACUCAGUUUUUAAUAUGGAGUCAUUUCUCACUUCCAUUGGAAAAUUUAUGAAGCUGAUUCCUGAUCACAGACCCAAGGAUCUGGAAAGCAUCAUCAGACCCAAGUGCCAAGUUAUUUACUUUCCCAUCAGAUUUCCUGAUGUGAGCAGAUUCAUGCCCAAGCACAAAAUAACCCAUUUAAAGAGGAUGCUCAGCCUUAAAGGAAAUGGCGGUUCUGCUCCAUCCAUGGCCUGUCCUUCCCAACAGGAGCAAGGAGAUUCUGAGAAUUUGCUGGAGAAUUUUAAUUCAGAGUAUAAUGAACACUUUGACUUUGAUACUGUACAAGAAAACCUGGAUGACUCAUCGAUGCAAGAGCCAGACUUGAGACAAUCCAACUGGUCUGAUGAUUCAAGCUCUCAUUGUGGGGAAAAUGAACAAAAUCUGACUCUUAAUACCUGUGACACUCUGCGAGGAAUUGAUGAUCAGCAGAGACCACUCCACAUUGUUUGGCCUCAUAGAUGGGAGCAUGACAAAAAUCCAGAGAGUUUUUUUAAGGUAUUAAUGCAUCUAAAGGACUUAGGACUCAAUUUCCAUAUCUCUGUCCUUGGAGAAACCUUUACGGACGUCCCAGAUAUAUUUUCAGAGGCCAAAAAGGCAUUGGGACCUUCGAUCUUACACUGGGGCUACUUACCCUGCAAAGAUGACUAUUUCCGAGUACUGUGCAUGGCUGAUGUUGUCAUCUCAACAGCUAAGCAUGAAUUCUUUGGAGUGGCAAUGUUGGAAGCUGUUUAUUGUGGUURUUACCCCCUUUGUCCCAAAGAUUUGGUUUAUCCUGAAAUUUUUCCAGCUGAAUAUCUGUAUUCUACACCUGAACAGCUUUCAAAAAGGCUCCAGAAUUUCUGCAAGAGACCAGAUAUUAUAAGAAAACAUCUCUAUAAGGGUGAAAUGGCUCCGUUUUCUUGGGCAGCCCUACAUGGUAAAUUCAGGUCUCUGCUUACAACAGAACCUAGGGAAGAUUUGUGACAGAUGGGGCUAAGUCACAAACUUGCAGCCUAAGGCAGAAUCUGAAGAACUUUCCAGAGUGUGCCCAUAUUUACCUGAUCAGAGAGAAAAGAAAAUCUGCAGAGGAAGCUGAGCCUGGCUGCUUGUCAUAGCUGACACAGAGCCAUCUGCCACAAACCUGUGGCGGCUUCAGAUCUCCAAUCCCUGCCACCACCCCAACUCAAAUUAAAUACAGAUUCCUAGAGACGUUAUGAUGGUUACACAUGUCCUCGGCAUCACAUGUAGGAGACUGUUCAAAAAAAAUAUGUGGCCUGUUGUAUAACCGCACUCAUGUAUCCCAUAUGUGGUGCCACAUUGAAUUUCCGGUUGAAUCCGUUUUUAUCCUUUGUACUGGAUGACAUGGUGCCUGAAUUCUUUCUUUUCGCCGACACGAUGGCAGCCAAACUGCAGCUUCAAACGCUCACACUUGGCUGAGUUUCUACCUAGGUUGCCAGGUUAUCAUCGGAGCCUUCUUGUGUCCUCAAAGGGCCACAGGGCCUGAAAGGAAGAUCAGAAUACUACCGGACUAAUUGGGCAGCCGUCUUAGAAUUGUUUGUGGGCAAAGGGCUGCUUUAGCACUUUUCUUUUAGCAAAUUAAUGACUCUCUGGCACAGGAGUUUUUAAGUGAAGGUAUUAAUAAGGAGUCUGGCAGGUAUUCCCAUGUUCACAGAGUUACAUUUGCAUUUAAUUAAUCUUAAAGAAAGUUGCAAGAUAAACAGCUGUAAUUCGGACAAACAUGGCAAAUACAGUCAGUGGAUCCACCUCACCCAUAAAAUGAAUACCGAGAUACUUAAUUUUUUUUUUCCAGGAGUAAAAAUAGAGAAAUGAAAAUACUUCUAACAAAACCAGUGAUUUUGAUACAAAUAUUCUCCAAAAAUAUUUUUAGCUAGCUACAAAUGUAAUUUUUUCAAGAUAAAUCGCUUAUGAUUCCAAUAGUCAAGCUGCUGUAUUUGUUGAUGUAAAAAUGUUUUGAAUGACUAGAUUGUAAAAUAAAUUUUUUAAUAAAGUGCCCACUGCAAUUUUUAAUUAGCAUAUUCAUUUACGUAUAAGUGUGUGCAUCUAUCUGUAUGUUUCUCUCGCUGAACAUUUUCCUAGUGUCAGAGACAACGAAUACAAUUGUUUCUUUUCCGGAUGAACAAGGAUCUGUUUUGCAAAUGUUUGUAAGAUAUUAUGACAUUUCCAAGAUUUUCUUUGCAUUCUGGAAAGCAGGAGGUAAACAUUUGUAGUCAUUAAGGUAAAGUCUGUUGAUAAACCAUCUUCUGUUUACUGACAGGUAAAUUGUAAUUUUCCUAGCUUUUGAAAUGAAUAACUUCUAUACACCAAAUAGUGAAUAGCAGCCAGGGAGAAGUGGCUAGACAAGGGCCAAGCCUGGCUUUCUGGUUUCUAAAAGGUCUGAGAAGUCUUGUAAGCAAUGGCACAGAAAUCCAAUAGGGCCCGUUUGACAGGUAGCAAAAUCAACAGCAGGAAAUAGAUCUAGGUUAGGGAGCCACACGCAGCCUUCAGGAGAGAGGCAGACCUGCAAAUCAAAGAAAGCAGAAGUGAGAGUCCAUGAGGCUGGAAUCUUCAAAACAGCAAGAAUAAGAAGCAGAAACAACAAACUCUGUCUUUAAACAGAGACUCCUCUCCCCAUCCAGUAUGUGGUCCACAGUAUAUGAUGGGCCACUAUACCACUGGCUUCUAGUCCU